CGAGCACUGUUGCACCCGCCGUGACCAUAAAUGAUUGGGGUCACCGGCCGGUCGGCCAGCCUCCCUCCCUCUUUCUCCUCCAUCCCGGAUCGACGCUGCAGGCAUAGCUGCAGCUCCGUCCUCGCCCUCCACAGUCUAGCCUCCAGCUAUAUACGCCCACCUAUCUAUCGCCACCCGCUUCCCCGUCCUCCUCCACAUCCUCGUCGUCUCUCUCGCGGUGUCGCCUCCUGCAGCCUCGAUCUCGCCAGAAAGGGAAACCGCAUCUGCUCCCGUCCUCCCGUCUCGGCGCCGCCGCCUCCUGAUCGACCAGAGCCCAGACCGGCUACCGGCGCGUCGAGGCCGUCCGGCGCUCAGAUCUGAGGCGCGAGGAGCAAGCGGACGACAUGCAGGUCGGAGGAGGAGCGGCCGACAGCCCCGGCGCGGCGGCGGGCGCGGAGGCGCCCCGCCCGAGCCGCUACGAGUCGCAGAAGCGGCGGGACUGGCACACGUUCGGGCAGUACCUGCGCAACCACCGGCCGCCGCUGGAGCUGGCGCGGUGCAGCGGCGCGCACGUGCUCGAGUUCCUGCGCUACCUGGACCAGUUCGGCAAGACCAAGGUCCACGCGCCGGGGUGCCCCUUCUUCGGCCACCCGUCGCCGCCGGCCCCGUGCCCGUGCCCGCUGCGCCAGGCCUGGGGCAGCCUCGACGCGCUCGUCGGCCGCCUGCGCGCCGCCUUCGAGGAGCACGGGGGACGGCCUGAGGCCAACCCCUUCGGCGCGCGCGCCGUGCGCCUAUACCUCCGCGAGGUCCGCGACAGCCAGGCCAAGGCGCGCGGCAUCGCCUACGAGAAGAAGCGCCGGAAGCGGCCGUCCGCUUCGUCGUCCCAGUCGUCGCCGCAGGCCGCGACGACCCCGCCGCAGCAGGCUCCUCCCGUCUCCUCGCCGGCCCUGUCGGACGUGGUGGCCGAGAGGGCCGACGUGCGGGCGCACGUGCCGGACGCCGGGCACCAGCAGCACCAUCACCUGCACCAGCACCAGCACCAGCAUCACUUCUUCAUGCCACACCCGCAGUUCCUGCACGGGUUCAGCCUGCUGCCGGGCAACCCCGAAGCGGUGGCUGCCAAUGGCAACGGCGGCGGCAGCAGCAGCGCUAGCGUCGCUGCCGGCAACGGUGACGAGAUAGCGCUGGCGAUGGCGGCGGCGGCGGAGGCGCACGCGGCGGGGUGCAUGCUGCCGCUGUCGGUGUUCAACUAGGCAGGCAAGCAGGCGUAUAGCCAGGCGAGGUAGGGCUUAAACAAUAGUAGAUUAAUCCGGGUGCUUAUCUAGUGUUAAGAUCGAUCUCAUUGUCACGAUGAUUGAGAUGAACCGAUCAACACGUACUACGUGCUGCUGUUCUUCAGGAUUUCCUGUUCCCAUCUCUUUUGGUUACAUCAUGCUCCUGCAUUUCCUGCUGGGGAAUAGUAUUAGUAGCUGUGCUUGGUACUGUAGGGUUUGCAGAAUCCUGCUUGGUUUGUGUAUGCAAUGCAAUGAUGGUGGAGAUAUAAUAUAAUGGAAGGCUUAAUUUCCAGACUAA